CCAAACAGUUAGCUGUGACAGUCAGUUGUAUUACUGUUUAUAAACUCAAGAUUUGUACUAAGGAGUAUGUAAUAUUUUAUCUUAUUUUCACUAGAAACUUAUAACAGAGCUGAGAGAUUUAAAUUCAAAUUUCCAGAUGAAGAACAUCAAUCUCCAAUUUAUACUUUUAAGUGUUCUCAAUGCAUACAUUGCAGCUGAUGCUCAUUCAAGUUUAGUUGUUGACAGUUCUUAUGGUUCACUUAGAGGAAAAUGGAUGACAUCCCGAGGUGGGAGACAGUUUGCUACUUUUCUUGGAAUACCGUACGCCUUACCUCCCACUGGACAUCUUCGGUUUCUGCCACCAAGUCCUCCGCUGAAGUGGAAUGGAACAAGAGAUGCAACAGUUGAAGGUAAAGCAUGUGUACAACGCGAGGUGAGAGGGGACGAGGACUGCCUCUAUCUAAACGUUUUCACCCAUAGUACCAACAAUAGUGGGCAAACAUCACCAGUUAUGGUUUACAUUCAUGGUGGGGGGUUUUAUGGUGGUUCUUCUUCUCUCGGCAUGUACGGACCCGAGUAUCUUCUCGACAGAAACAUUGUGCUAGUGACUCUUCAGUACCGACUGGGUGUGUUUGGCUUUCUCAGUACCGAGGAUAGUAUUAUUCCCGGCAACAUGGGACUGAAAGAUCAAACCAUUGCUUUGCAAUGGGUGCAAGAAAACAUUAAAGUAUUCGGUGGGGAUGCUUCAAAAGUCACAAUAUUCGGAAACAGUGCAGGGUCCGCUUCAGUACAUUUACACAUGCUCUCUCCUGGGAGCAGAAGACUGUUUAGUAAAGCGAUAUCACAAAGUGGUACAGCAUUGAGUGCCUUUGCCAUGAUUGGCCGAGGGACAUCCAGGAACAUAACAUUCCAGUUGGCUCGGAGCCUGAACUGUUCCACCGACUCAUCUUACCAGAUAUUGAAUUGUCUCCAGAACAAAACUUCUACAGAUGUUCAAAAAAAAUAUAGUAGUUUACAAGAUACCAAGUAUGAAAUAAAGAAAGUUUUAUUCCGUCCAAUCGUUGAAGAAGAAAGUGAAAAUGCAUUUUUAACUUCAAACCCACUGCACAUUCAUACUGAUAAACCAUGGCUGGUAGGAAUUAACCAAAAUGAGGGGUUAUUUAAGAUCAGUUUGAAACAUCUAAAUGAGACCAUUCACUUGAUUAAAACUGAAUUUGAUCAAUUUGGACCAGCAGUAUUAUUUUUUGAAGAUACCUGUUCAAAACCUGUUGAAAUGGCUGGCUUAAUUUAUAACUUCUACUUCAAAAAUGACUCCACAAAAAAUGAUAUGAUAGUCUCGAUUGAACGAGUCAUUUCCGACUCAUGGUUUUUGUGGCCUACAAUGCAAUCUAUCGGCAACCAUAACGGAACACUGUAUUGUUAUUUGUUUAAUCAUACAGGAGAACACUCUGUUACACAAUUUAAUGGUGGGCCCCAACAUUUUGGUGUAAGUCACAUGGAUGAACUUCACUAUUUAUUCUCUCGAAAGCGAAUUAUUCCUAAUGGGUUGAACAAAGUUGAUGAAAAUGUGUCAAAAAUGCUGAUAGAUUUGUGGGUCAAUUUUGCUGAAGAAACCAAUCCUACUCCAGACUCCAUAAGUAGUAAUCCUCAGCAAAGAGGUACAAACAAUAGUAUCACUUGGGAAUCCUCAAAUAGUGCAGAUCCUAAGUUUUUGCUCAUAGAAACUAACAUGUUGUCAAUGGUAGAGAAUGUUUUUAAAACAAGAAUGGAAUUUUGGAAAAAAUUGUCAGUAAGAGAUAAAAUAGUGUAGAGAUAUGAAGGAUU